AUGGAUCUGCACCGCUCACUAUCGCUCGGAACCAUUAGAACGUCCGGCACAAAGCCUGAUCUUUCAAAAUUUGCCACGCUACGCUUUAUCUUGAAUGCUGAAGACAGCAAUGGUGUUAAACACAUAACUGGGGACCGUGGAUACUUCGAAAAGGAGCCUCUUGAGAUUAAAUCGCCAGGCAAUUUCAAGUUGUGGCUAACAAUAGACAAUAAAAACCCUCCCCCGUUCGAGUGUCGUCAAAUAAAUGACUUUAAAGUAACCGGAGACUGCAACUGUGACCUCUACACGAGGGUUUUUGAUACGGAGAAGGAAGCUUUUCUCAGAUCAUUUUUCAAACCGGGAGAUGAUCGGGACAACGGCACGAUGCGAAGUGCACUUACAAAGGAUGAAUUUCAUUUCGGUGAUUGGACAUUAGAGCCUGGGAAAUACGUCUUCAGGGUAAUUGGGCCAAUUAACUUCACGUAUGAGAAUGAUGAAAAGGAGCCUCAAGGCUUUGAGGAAGUACAGGUGGAUCUAAGCUUCUGGUUUGAGCUAGAGGCAAAUUCGAAGCCGUCUUCUCCCAGGGAGAACCCUGUCACGCCAAGCGACCUGGCCUAUUUCACAGAGGAACAGUUGAAGCAAAUGAGAAAGUCUUCCAGAAUCUACUAA